AUGGAGCGCAAGCUAUCAAAAAAAGCAACCAAAAUACGCCACCGUCUGACCUUCGCCAGAAGCAGCUCCGCGCGUGGCCUGGAAUCAACACAGGCCUCGCCCAUUGAGGCCCGUUCAUCAACCACUCGUCCCCGGUCAGCCACGAAUCCCGAGUCUCCCACCCAUGACGAGCCAACGUGGGACAAUAGGGACCCCGAUUCCCUGAGGGGCUACAGUUUUACAGAUGAGCCGGGCUACUUCCGCCCUGUAUCGCCGUUCAUUGACCGCCAAGAGAUCGAAGAAGACCUCGAAGCUGAUAUCAAACAUGCAUGCGCUAUGCUAUCUCACACCAUUGACCGUGGUAUCCCACCCGGAUUGUCCUAUCAGAGCGCCAUGCCACUCUCGACAGAUGGACAAAAUCCCGCUGGCCAGUCUAGUGUCGAUGUAGCUCCUUCAUCUUUGACACAGAACGUCACUCUUCUGUCAGCACCCAAGCCAAUCAGGGCCGAAACAGAAAGCACGAAGAGAUAUGAUUCCGGCGUUGGUAUGAGUUUCAAUUCUCCCAGCCAACCAGCCAGAUCAUACGGCAACAGCGUAUCGCGCACAAAUAGCUCAGCACGGUUCUACAACAAACAACCCUCCGCUUCACCACCACACAGCCCAUCAUCGGAAUCCCGCACUCGAAGCCAGAGUCUAGCAACAACGAUCGAAGAAGAUAACCAACGGGAGCGGUCCUACUCGUCAAGCCCGGCUCCAUUCCCAUAUAGUCCUCCGCAAUUCAACAGCGAGUGGCCAUCCAAGCCAACGACGCUCGAUAGCCCCGUCAGCUCGCUCAACGAGAGCGACACCAAUACGAAUGCGAAUGCGAACAUACCUGACGCAUCCUCACCAGCCAUCUCCCCACAAGAAGCACCAUCUCUCGGCGGAGCAGGUAACACCUGGAUUCACGCUAGCAGAGACAUCCAACGCCCCACCGACGAAGAAAAACCGACAGCAACCCAAGCCAAAAAGCCAAAGCCAAUGGCCCGCUUCUACAGUGCCUGCAAUCAAACAAUAGGGAGCAACUCCCGUGAAUGGCCGACGAAGGAUUUCCGGGGUUAUCGGAACCCGAGUAUUUACAGCGAAGUCUCACUACCUUCAUCACUGGGUACUAGAGGGAGCACAAUGUCGAGACCCGAAACAGGCCACUCGAGAUUGGGUAGUGCAUCGACAAAUGAGGAAAAUUCGCCUGGCGGAUACCCGUACCAAACGUUUGCUCGGUCCAGCCGCGGGAUGUCUCACUCGGCUUCUUGUUUGGGAGAUGAGUACAAGCACCAAGAACGUGUUACCUCUGUUGCUAUGGCCGGUGCGCCGGUUAAAAAUAACCGGCGCAAGAAGGCUUCGCUUUUAUUGAGGAGGUUGACUGGGCUGGGGACAAGGAAGGAGAAUGACAAUGAGAAUGGAGUUUACUGA